AACCCUCAAAGACGAUCCCACUCAAACCCAUUUCUCACCCAAUCAUCUCCGACAUCUCUCCGGCGAGUAAAAGCUUCAUUUUCUUCACCGUAAAACACUCAAUCACAAUCCAAUGGAAACAGGCAGCAAGGCUAAGAAAGGCGCAGGUGGAAGAAGAGGAGGCGAGAGGAAGAAGGCAAUUUCUCGCUCCGUCAAAGCCGGACUACAGUUCCCCGUCUGCCGUGUCGCUCGUUAUCUGAAGAACGGAAGAUACGCUCAGCGUGUCAGUGCCGGCGCCCCCGUCUACUUGGCCGCAGUGAUGGAGUAUUUAGCCGCUGAGGUUCUUGAGUUGGCUGGAAAUGCCGCUAGAGACAGCAAGAAGUACAGGAUCAUUCCAAGGCACGUUCUAUUGGCGAUUAGGAACGACGAGGAAAUUGGAAAGUUGCUCGCCGGCGUAACUAUUGCUGGCGGUGGUGUUCUUCCGAAGAUCAAUCCAGUUUUGUUGCCAAAGAAGACGGAUAAGGGUACGAAAAAGCCGAACGACCUCAUAGACCGGAAAAUCUCCAUGGAAUGCAGCUCAACUGAUGAAAGUACAGACUUAGGGUUGGGUGAGUGUUGUAAUUUAUGAAGGUGUUUUGGAUUUGUUCUUCAAUGGUUUUUUUGUGUAGACGAAGCAGAAUUAGGAAUUUUGGAAUGCAAUACUGUCUUCGAUAAGCAGAAUUAGGAAUUUUGGAAUGCAAUACUGUAUUCGAUAAGCAGAAUUAGGAAUUCUGGAAUGCAAUACUGUAUUCGAUAAGCAGAAUUAGGAAUUUUGGAAUGCAAUACUGUAUUCGAUAAGCAGAAUUAGGAAUUUUGGAAUGCAAUACUGUAUUCGAUAAGCAGAAUUAGGAAUUUUGGAAUGCAAUACUGUAUUCGAUAUUUACAAGCGAAGAAUCAAUCAGAUGACUUGCAAUAUUGUUGUUAGGAAUUUUGGAAUCUUGUUAUGAUCAUUGAAGAAACAUAUUUUAUUGCUAUGUUGAAAUAGAAA